CUGUUUACCUCACGCUGGUGUUGAAGACCGGGGGAUUUAGUUAAUAGCCUAAAUUAUUCUGCAGUAAGAAUUUUUUUGCUGGAAUUAUUAUGCACUAUAGGAAACACAUUGCAGAAGUGCAAAGUGGUAACGUUGUAUUGAUCAUAUUUUAACGUCAAAUAAUUUCUCCACCAGUGUGGAUAUGGCAUCCCCGAGCGUCUUACGAGACAAACUGCGAAAGAAGCGGCGAGCCUUUCAAGAAUGCUUGGUAAAAGUCAAACACGAAGGCGACGACGAGCAGGCUCUUGUUCCGUCCUCCAAUGUGAGCGAGGAGGCACCGCACACAACAGUGGAGGAACCUCAAAGCAACGACGAAGACCCUGGCGAGACCCUCAAGCGCACUUUAAUGGCCCAGAGACAGAUUAGGAGGAGAAGGCUGCUAGAGCAGUCUUCAGUACGGGAGUCUCAUCGUGAAAGUGUGGAGGAGAUCUCCAGAGGAUGGCCCCUCAGUGAAGAUGAGGGAUCAGCCAAGAGGACGACACCUGGAUCUCUGAGAGGUCUCAACUCCAAAAGCCAAAAGAGUGGCGGCCCGCAUCAGUUUGAGCGCUUUGCGACGCGCCGCUUGGAGGAGAAGCUGAAAGCGGCCAAGUCGCAAGGCGAGAGUCUUCAGCUCCAGGAGGCGUCCGAGGUGGCUGUCAGUCGCCUGCAGAGUCUCAGAAACAGUCAGAUGCUCACGAGGUUCGACAGAGAGGUUGAUUCCGAAGACAGUGCAGCCGUCCAUAUCCCUCAAGCCAUCAGCACCAGUAUCAAGUUCCAGGAUGCUACCAGACAUGUGAGGAAGGACCGUCCCACCACUGAAGAGGCGUACAAUUUCUUCACGUUCAACUUUGAGCCAGAGCCAGAGGAAAGGCCCUUGAAGACGAGCAAGAAAAGUGUGAAGAAGAAGAACACAGAGAGCGGUGACGAAGGCCGGGAGGAGGCUGAGGAAGAUGGCCACGAUGAAAAUGAAGACUGUAAUGAAGACAUUCCUCUCAUGCAAGAUGGAGAUGGGAAUGCGUUCGUUAUUGAGCAAACAUCCAAAGACUUCCUGGAAAUGAGGCGGGCUGAGUACAUCGGGCUCCGAGCGCUUGCUCUGCGACACAGUGAUCUUCUCUCCACGCCCAGUUCUCAAACAGUGCCGACCUCAGUAAAGCUGCCUGAGAACGUGAAGCCUCGCUAUCUGGAGGAGGAAGGUUUUUACGUGGGCGAGCGCCCCCGUGUGACCCCAACCAAUGAGAACAUUCUGGAGAACCGCAUUUUGAACAUGGAGGAGGGAAUUAAGUGGUUUGGAGAUGACGGCAGGAUUAUUGCUCUGCCAGAUCCCAUCAAAGAAUCUUCCACCAGACCUCCGCUCUUCCACGUGGAGGAAGACCUGGACCCUGCGCUGCAAACUGUGUACAGGAAGCCGCUCCAGUCCACCCACACGCAUCAGGCGUACAUAGCAGACGAAGCAGACUCAGAGAGAGACUACCAGCUCGACGUCGACGUGUCUGGUCUCAUCUUCUCUCAUCACCCGCUCUUCAGUCGCGAACAUGUCCUGGGGUCCCGUCUGGCCCAGCUGUACGACCAUUACCUCACCAGGCAGCAAAACAACCUCACGGAGCACCUCACGGACAAGUUGAAUGGGCUGAGGAACACCAUGAGAAACAUGCUGGAGAUCCACAGCGAGCAGAGCCUCUCUCAGGCCAUGCAGCAGAGGAUUGUGGAGUACAGCCUCGAGGUCAAGAGCACACGGCAACUGCGAGACAGCGAGCAAGAGAAGGACAGAGCUUUGCUGAAGAACCUGGUCAAAGUGUGGAAGGAGCUCAAGUCCCAGAGAGAGUUCCAGAAGUUUACCAACACGCCUUACAAGCUCUGCCUCAGAAGGGAGACCGUAGACCGGAUGACAUAUGAGCAGGAGUACGAGAAGGACAUCCUGGCAGAGGUGUGGGAGCUGGAGGCUGAGGGCGACGUGGACUACCAGAGAAGGCUGGGGGAGUACAAGAAACAGCUGGAACAGUGGAAGACCUGGAGGAGGAAACAGAGAGCCAAGAAGAAGAAGAAGAAGAAGAAAGAACAAGCGCGAGAGGAAACAGAAGAGGAGGACCAUGACCCGGAAGCCAGUGAAUCAGAGGGGCCCGUCGACGAAGAACUGGCCAAGCCGGAGCCCCCAGAGAAGUUGGACUUUGACGCCAUCGAGCAGCAGGUCAGGGAGAAGGCGGCCAAAAUACGCAGGAAACCUGGCGAUGCCAUCCUCAUCCCAGAGCUGUCUGCUUCUGGAAACGUCUCUGGCACCGAACUCUGCCCCAGGGGUGAAAUCGCUCGAAGAGAGGAUGUUGCCAGACGCUCCCUUUUCAUAAAGAUCCUCUACAACGACAAAGAAGUGUCUCAGACCAACAGCCGGACCCUCAAUUCUGACUUUAAAGUGCACUUUGGCCAGAUUUUCAAUCUGAAGAUUGCCAACUGUCCCAGGAGCAUCACUUUGCAAGUGUUUGAGGAAGGGGGAUCGUCGUGCUCCCUCCUUGCACAAGUCUACGUGCCCGUGCCAGCUUCAUCAGUGGUGGCAGGCAGCGCCGCCAUGGAGGAGUUUGAGUUUAGCAGCAACCAGAGAGUGAUGUUUGACCACGAGGGAGUGGGGAGCGAUGUCCCCCUCUCCUUCGCGGCUGACGGCAGCAACAGGGUGGUCCUCUUGACCUCUGGGAAGGUGUCAUGCUGCGUGUCCUGGGGGGUCAGCGAGGAUGACCUGCCUCUCGCACCUCCCUUGUCUCAGCAUCCCGGCAGCGUACUUGGCGGUGUGGGUCAUCCCGAAGCUGUCCCCCAUAUUGGACCAUCCGGGCUGUCUGACAUGAAGAAAAUUGGAGAAUGGGCCGCACAGUCUAGGCUGGACCCAAAUGAUCCUAAAAAUGCCUCCAUCAUGCAGCUGCUCAAGGUGGCCAGUAGUGGAGAGGUGACUGCUCCCGACUACUUCCGUCUAGAGCAGCUGCAGGAGGAGUUCAACUUUGUGACUGAUGAAGAUCUGGAGAAGUCCAGGCGGUUUCGUCUCCUUGCCCUCCGGAACCAGGAAGUGCCUGAGUUUCGCAAUUACAAGUGUGUCCCUUCCCAGGAGAGAGAGGUCCCCGAGAGAGUGUUCAAGGAGUACGAAAAGAGGCUGAAGGAUGGAGAGAUCAUUGACACCAAAGAGUAUCUGGAUUCACACAGAGCCUUAGUCGCCAAAUACCUCCAGAUAAUUCGUGAAGCAGUAAUCCACAGAUUCCUCCUGGCAAGACAUCACUACCUCCUGUCGGACUUGGUGGUAGAGGAGGAGAUGCCAAGCAUUGGUGGUGCUGGUCCAGGGAUUCUUGGGCUCAACCUCUUCCACCUGGCUGAGCCUAAGCGUCCGCUCAAGCCUCAACGGAAGGAGAGGAAGAAGGUGACUGCGCAGAAUCUUUCUGACGGCGACAUCAAACUGCUGGUCAACAUCUUGCGAGCCUACGACAUCCCCGUGCGUCGGCCUCCGAGCAGCAAAGCGGUCCAGACGUCGCAGGGCGCCAUCCAGGCCAGCGACUGGCUUGUCAGCCAGGUCCAGGUGAGGCCAUUUGUGGAGGUCUCCUUCCAGCGCAGCGUCUUCCAAACAACCACAGCUGAUGGACCGAACCCCUGCUGGAACGAGGAGCUGCAGCUGCCUUUUAGUGCACCAAACGGGGACUACAGCAUCGCCAGCUUGCAGUCGGUGAAAGAUGAAGUCUUUAUCAACAUCUUUGAUGAGGUGCUUCAUGAAAUUGGAGUGGGCGACAAAGAAAAAGGCAAAUCGGUUCACACGCGCGUUGAGAAGCACUGGUUGGGUUCUGUCAAGAUUCCUUUCAGCACCAUCUACUCCCAGUCCAGGAUUGAUGGAACCUUCAAGGUGAACACGCCCGCCGUGUUGCUAGGCUACAGCAAGGAGCACAGCCAUGGCAACAAUGGCGCCUAUGACACGACUAUGCAGAGCCUCUGCGAGGGCGCCUUCAUCACGCUCUUCAUCACCAUCGAGCCCCAGCUGGUACCUGGAGAGUCCAUCAGGGAGAAGAUAAAGGAACUCAAGUUUGACAGCCAGGAGGACGAGCGUCUGCUGCAGGCCUCGGAGAAGUUCGAGAGGUUGGCCGCCAGCGACUUUCCGGGCCGACCGUGCACGACCACAGUCAUCAACCUCAACGGGAAGACGGUGUUCAUCACCAGGUACCUUCGCCCCCUCAACCCCCCGCAGGAAAUACUGGACGCCUUCCCCGACAACCCCCAGGAAGCUACGGCUCAGAUCGCCCGCUUUGUGUCGCUUAUCCCCUCUCUGCCAGACAGAGUUUCCUUUGCGGGUAUUUGUGACCUGUGGAGCACCUGUGAUCAAUUCCUGACGUUGCUGGCGGGCGAUGAGGAGGAGCACGCAGUCUUGCUGUGCAACUACUUCCUGUACCUGGGCAAGAAGGCGUGGCUGAUCGUGGGCACGGCCAUACCGGAGGGCCCCACCGCCUACGUGCUGACGCUGGAGCAAGGCCGCUACCUGAUCUGGAACCCCAGCAGCGGUCAGUACUACGGCCAGUACGACACCUUCUGCCCCCUGCAGGCCGUCGGCUGCCUGGUCAACGCUGACAACGUGUGGUUCAACAUGCAAGAGCACGUCUCCCCCAUGAGGAUCAGCUUCGACGUCACCAGAAGCAAAUGGUGGAAGCCGUUUUUCACCCGCUCCUUCCCCCACCCUGGAAUCUGCAGUGUGCAGCCAGAGGAGCUGGCGUACAGGCGCUCUGAUAAAGCAACUGCAGUACAACUUCAGGACAGGAUCGAGAAGACGCUGAGGGACAAGCUCAUGGCGUGGCGCCCCCAUCGACCCACCCGCUGGAACCGCUACUGCACCACCGCACUCAAACAGUUCCUUCCCAAACUGGAGCUGGGCGGUGGGCGCGAGGCAGGCGAGGGCCACCGCCACGAGCUGCAGAGCCUGCUUGGAGACAACAGGAUUUCAGGAUUCCCACUGCAUAUGCCCUUCUCUGAGAUGGGCCCCAUCGUGGAGGCGGUGCACAGCACGGGCGUCCACACCAACCAGUCGUCCAACGUGGAGUUCGCCCUGGCCGUGUAUGUGCACCCUUACCCCAAUAACGUGUUGUCCGUGUGGGUCUACCUGGCCUCGCUCGUACGGCCGUGAUUCAGCAAGAAGCAAGCAAGAAGGAACUUUGGUUUGUCUGUGACGUACUUUUUAUUUGUUGUGUAUUUUCCCAACACAAACCCACGUGAGCUCUCUGUGACGUAUUUGACUGUCAGCCAUUAAAAAAGAAAAAAAAGAAUGAAUGUGUGUUGUGUUGUUGGAGUGCAUAGGGAAAAACACUAAGAGCACAAGAUGUUAGCUAGCAUCCUCCUCUAACCAACCUGAUGCAGACUAACAGAAACUAAAUCCUUGACGUGCACGUCUCUGGAGCUUUCGCCACAGCACAAAAAACCUUCUUCACGUUACACUUUCACAUAAACAUGAAUGGAAGUUACACAAAGUACAGCCAACAGGAUAAAGUGCAGCUAUGGGGGUCCGGGGGCGGGGACAUCAACAUCACUCUCCAGAGCGGCAGCAGGCCCUGAAGCCGCACUGCAGGUUCUGGCAGCCGCUGGCCGUGUCUGCGUGUGGACCUGCAUCCCGAGAAAAAGGAA